CACUUCCUCUCUCUUGCGGCCUUCUAGCCAGCGUGUUGCAUGAUCUGCUCUCUGCUCGCAUUAUUUUCCCUGUUUUCCCCUGCGAUGGCCGCCGCCCGUGAACGUACCUUCUUGAUGCUCAAGCCCGACGCAGUCCAGAGGGGACUUGUCGGCAAAAUCAUCCAGCGCUUCGAGGAGAAGGGCUUCAAACUGGUCGCAAUGAAGUACAUGUGGGCCUCUGAGGAGCUCCUGAAACAGCACUACGCAGACCUUGCCACCUAUCCAUUCUUCCCCAGUCUGAUCAAGUACAUGAAUUCUGGCCCAGUUGUGCCAAUGGUGUGGGAGGGCCAGAACGUGGUGAAAACUGGACGCGUUAUGCUCGGCACGACCAAUCCCGUUGACUCUGCCCCAGGAACCAUCCGCGGUGAUUACUGUAUCCAGACUGGACGCAACAUCAUCCAUGGCUCAGACGCUGUUGAAUCGGCCCAAAAGGAGAUUGCUCUGUGGUUCAAGCCUGAGGAGCUGGUUGCCUGGCAGUCGGCUGCUAACUCCUGGGUCUAUGAGGAUUAAAGUAACAUCCGUUCGCUGGUGCUUAACAGUAAGCAAGCAAGCAAGCACUCACACGCCUUCAGCCAUUCCUCGCUAUAAUUCCAAUUUGAUGUGUAAUAUUCUCAUGCUAUUUUAUAACUAUAACUUUUGAAACAUUUUAAGUGACCAGCACUCUUGUAGAGUUCAGCUACUUUUUAAAAAUUUCCGUUGUGUGAACUGGUUUUAAUCUGUAACGUGACUUAGCAAUUGAUUUGAACGUUUCAAAGUAUUUAUUGUUGAGCGAUGGCAAUUUUUGCUGUUUUAAAACAGCGCUUUUGGUAUUAAAGAUCAUGCCAUGGAGAAAA